AUGGUUGAUGUUGGGUUUAUAGUCAAUUUUUCAGAUGGACACACGCAGAAUCCUCUCAGUGGCUGUUAUGACGAGUUCCGCUGUGGCAGUUCAAAGGAAGGCUACAGACGACAGCCAACCGAAGCAACACUGAACCAACGACCUGUGGAGUUCAGCUGUUAUCGCGGAACUUCCCUGAACUUUCUGAAAUUAUGCAAGAUAAAGCACUACAACUACUGUCUCAUCCACAAUGUUCAGAGAGACUUCAUUGUGCAGACUGGGGAUCCCACUGGGACGGGGCGUGGCGGAGAAUCUGUCUAUAGCAAACUCUAUGGGGACCAGGCCCGCUUUUUUGAUGCAGAGAAAACGCCGCGCAUCAAACACAGGAAGAAAGGGACAGUGUCCAUGGUAAACAAUGGAAACGAUCAGCAUGGUUCUCAGGUGAAUAACAUGUACAUCCACACUGUUGUUUGCCCACUAUAGAGAAUAAUAUAAAAC